AUGUUCUCGUCAAAGGGCGGGCUCUGGGUGCCCCACUGGCGCAAGACGCUUUCGUUCGUCCUCGUACUCAUACCAGCUUCGCUCUACCUCUAUGACACCUACCACACUGCUCGCCAACGCGAUGCCGUCAAGGCAAGCUCGCACCAAAAGAUCAAUUUUAACCAGUCAACCGUCGACGACUACCCCACCGUAAACCUCGUCGUUGCCUCGCUUCUCAAGGACGACAUCUCGUGGACCCAAAAUGUACCCAUUCCUAACCUCAACAUCAUCCGCUACGUCAGCGACUACCUCGACGCCGAAUUCCACCCGCCCGUCGCCAAGAAAGGCCGCGAAGCUCUCAUAUAUCACACAUACAUGCACGACUUCUACGACGAUCUCCCGGACAUUUCCAUCAUGAUCCACGCAGACGAGACUUCAUGGCACGUCGAGGACGUGCUCAAUGCGUCCAUGACGUUCGCCCUGUCGCACUUGGAUCUGGAUCAAGUUCUUGAGAGACAGUAUUUCAAUUUGCGCGUCAGCUGGGAAGGUGCUUGUCCGGAUUGGAUCAAUACUACCUUUCUGGACGAGCAGGAUGACGUACACAAAUUAGAGGAACCCUAUAUGCACGAGGCUUUCAGCGAGAACUUCGCCACCAACAAGGUCCCGGAGAUCUUGGGAGGCCCGUGCUGUUCCCAGUUCGCAGUCACGAAAGAUGCCGUGAAGCGACACCCGCAAUCGCAAUACCGACAGAACAUGGACUGGCUGGUGCAGACUGACUGGAACGACUACAUUGCGGGCAGGGUUUGGGAGCACAUGUGGCCGUUCCUCUUCAGGGGCGAAGCCGUCGACUGCGCCAUCGAAUGGAAGGCAUACUGCAGGAUGUACCACAUUUGCUUCAACGUGAGGAGCAGAGAGCUGGUCGACAGCAUGGCCAAGGAAAAGAAAGAGCUCGAAGCUAAAAUCCACAUCCUGAAAGAGGUCUUGGAUCCUCAGGGAGGUCUGGCGGCCAGGAAGCGCAUGGAAGAGAUCGCCGUCACCCUACAAAUCGAGCUUGAAAGAGCGCUAGAGAGAGGCCGAAACCAGACAUUACGGAUGGAAAUCCUCUCAGAUCUCGACACCAGUUGA